GCUCGGAACACAUGGGCAAGCCCCGGGGUCACGGCGGCUGGACGCGGGCCCGGUGCCAGGAGAACGGGGGCGACCCUGCCCGGGAGCGGCUCUGGGCCGAGCUGUUUGACCAGCUAGAUUUGAACAAGGACGGACGGAUCGAUAUUAACGAGCUGAAGAUCGGUCUCGCUGCGCGAGGUCUGCUCCCGCGAACCUCGGUUGAAGAGAUUGUGAAGGCUGGGGACACGAAUCAGGAUGGACUUCUGGACUACGAGGAGUUCACGCACUACCUGCGCGCGCACGAGAAAUGCCUCAGGCUCAUGUUCAGCAGUCUGGAUCGCAACAACGAUGGCGAGAUAGAUGUCGGAGAAAUCCAGCUGUCGUUACACAAUAUAGGAGUGGAUGUUACUCUCGAGGAGGCAUCCAAGAUCCUGCAGAGUAUGGAUAAGGACGGCACUAUGACCAUUGACUGGGUGGAGUGGCGAGAUCAUUUCCUGUUUAACCCUCUGUACAGUAUGGAGGACAUUGCUCUCUACUGGAAACGCUCUGUGAUAUUGGACAUCGGGGAGCACCUGACGGUUCCUGAUGAGUUCUCAGAGAAGGAGAGGCAGUCGGGCUUUGUCUGGAGGCAGCUGAUGGCGGGGGCCAUGGCUGGCUCCGUGUCCAGGACUGGCACCGCCCCUCUGGACCGACUCAAGGUCUUCCUGCAGGUUCAUGGUCAGAGCUCUGACAGGGGCACUGUGUGGAACGGUCUGAAGGCGAUGAUUAAGGAGGGGGGCCUCAGUGCCUUGUGGAGGGGUAACGGAAUCAAUGUUCUCAAAAUCGCCCCGGAAACUGCCAUCAAGUUCCUGGCUUAUGAGCAGAUUAAGAGACUGAUGGUGGGCAGUAGAGAUGGGGUCAGUUUAAAAGUUCAGGAGAGAUUCAUCGCUGGGUCCCUGGCAGGAGCCACUGCGCAGACUAUUAUAUAUCCUAUGGAGGUGCUGAAGACGCGUCUGACCCUGCGUAAGACAGGCCAGUAUUCCAGCAUGGCAGACUGUGCGCGGCAGGUACUGCAGAAGGAGGGCGUGCGGGCGUUCUACAAGGGCUACGUGCCCAAUAUCCUGGGCAUCAUUCCCUACGCCGGUAUCGACCUGGCCGUCUACGAGACACUGAAGAACACCUGGUUACAGAGACGCAGCUCUGGGUCGGCCGACCCAGGUGUGCUGGUGCUUGUGGGUUGUGGGACCGUGUCCAGUACCUGCGGUCAGCUGGCUUCCUACCCACUCGCCCUGAUUCGGACACGCAUGCAGGCCCAGGCGUCGGUGAAGGGUGGUCCUCAGCUCUCCAUGGUGUCCCUGUUCCGGAACAUUCUGUCUGAGGAGGGCGUAGUGGGCCUCUACCGCGGCAUCGCCCCCAACUUCCUGAAGGUGAUCCCUGCUGUCAGCAUCUCCUACGUGGUGUAUGAACGUAUGAGGAAAGUACUGGGGGUGGCAGUACAAGGGUGAGAGAGAGAGGGAGAGAGAGAGAGAGAGAGAGAGAGAGAGAGAGAGAUCGAGAUCGAUCACAGGAGUAAGAGCCAGAACACUGAGGUCAAACACGCUGGACACAGGUUUGUAGAGAGUACCAUUGUACUCCCUGAGAGAGAGAGAGUCUAUAGUCUCUGUGCUGCUUUUACCACUCAGGACCAAAGAAAAGGCCAUGUUUUGUCACUUAAAAAUCCCUUGUAUCAAUAAAAAUGAAACUUUUCUUUCUAUUUCAAAUAUGCAAAUAAGGUACAUUCUGAACUUGGUCAAGCAGACCCAUGUUGGAGGCCAGUGUUGUUUCACAAAGGGCAAACAAAUGUUUACUUGUUUUGUUUGCUUGAGUUGUUGUUUUUAUUUGUUGUUGGUCAGCUGGGUCCUGACAUUCAGGCUCCCAGGCCAUGUUCUGCAGGUGAAGUGAACACUACUGUGUGUGUGUGUGUGUGUACAUGCAUGUGUACUGGAUCAUUAGAAGUGAGCAUGUACUAUAUAUUUUUAAUAUAUGUGUGUGUGUAUGUGUGUAACCAUGUGGAAGCCCAGCUUAUAUAAGAAAAUAAAAUAUAUUUUCCUAGCAACGCAGUGGAGAUGUGAGAAUAGAAAAUGCUAACGUCUCAGGCCCCUGCUUCGCCCUCGCUCCUAAUGACCUUUCAGAUGCAAGUGCCUCUCACAGAAACCACAAUGUGAAGUUGCAUCAACUCAAACGCCACUGUUCUACUGAGAAGUCAAAUGGAAUGUUAGCGAAGCGCCCACUAGUGUUUGCUGCUGGCUUUUCAGCGGAGCUCUAGAAAGAUGCAUACAAUAUAUGAACUACAGAUACAAAAACAAUUCCAACUUUGCCCAGCACCAAGGAAAUUCAUUGUUACACAAGCAUAAAAGCAUUCUCUUGCCCAAAUAAGGUAACACUGUAUUGAUCCCGAAGGAAAUUGCAGGAAUGAAGUGUUUUCUUUCUGGAAUUCUCCAGCCUGACGCCUUCUAGAGCAGUGUCUUUAAACGCAGGCCUGCUCAGAUGCCUGGAGGGUACAGGCUUGCCAGGCGUUCAGCCGGCCGCCCAUCCCCAUAGGAAAUUACUGCAGUUUGUCGUUCAAAGCGCACAAUUCAGUUAGAGGUUUACGCAUGCCGACAGGAGCCUUCUCUCUGGAAUACUAGGAGGAGUACAAGUGUGUUUUGGUAGCAGAGAUUUGGCACACCACUCAACCUGGUGACUGUUAAGAUGGUGCUCAAUUGUGUUUGGAGAGCCAGCUGUAAUCUCUGUUUGCAUAAGGGCUCUGUAGGCUGCAGCCACACAAAAGGUAACUGCAGGAUCAGGUGCAUGCAACUUCGUUUGUGUGUGUGUGUGUGUGUGUGUGUGUGUGUGAUGUAAACCAAACAAUAGCCGAAGUUCAAAGUGAAAGUAAAAUGGAGCAUGUUUUUGUUUAUUAUUUUUAUUUACUUAUAUUGGGGGGGGGGGGGGAAUUUAAAAGCCAUAAUUAGGAAGAAUACAUUUACAGCUUGGACUACAGUACAGUUUAAUUAGGAAUUCAUUUCUAGGCUUUACUGCUGUUAAACCUCAAUAGUGGUAACCACGACGAAGUUUAGCCUGGAGGUGUUGGUGUUUGUUCUGAAAUCAUUAUCAAUCUAUUUGUUCUGUUAUGAAUCUUAUAAAUGCUUUAAAAUAUAAAUGAUAUUUUUUCUGUUUGAUGGUUGAAUGCAUGUUUGACACUUUAUGUAAAUUAUUAAAUAAAGAUUAUAUAAAGCCUG